AUGUCGGACGAUCUGAGCGCGUUUUUCGCGAAGAAGAAAGACAAGAAAAAGAAGAAUGUCGUUAAGAUGGAAGAUGUGGGACAUAUUCUUGAGCUCAAAGUAAAAAGACAGGAGGAAAAUGAUCAGUUACAAUUGGAAAAUGAUAUGCGCAAUGCCGAUGAAGGUGAGUACCAAGUGCGUGCACGUGGUAACAGUAAUGUACCUGGACAAACUAGUGGUGAAGAAAGUGAAUGGAUCGACUACACUGACACCAACCAAGGACGGUUGGAAGGGCUGAAGAUCAAAGAUAUGGGUGCAGAAAGCGGAGAUGUCGCUGAGGAAGACCAUGCGGAUGAUGAAGACCUUAAGAUCCAUACAGAAUCGAUUAGAACAUGGGGCCAAGUUGAGAAAAAGGACGAGGAUGAUGAUCAUCAGAAUGAUGAUAAUUUUGCGACAUUCAAGACCAAGUCCACCUAUGUGAUUCCUGCUCAGAGGAGCAUGGGAGGGAUGCGUACCAAUACUCAGAAGGUGGAUAUAUCGAAUAGCGAAAUGUUCCCAUCACUUGCUGAUGCUAGCAAAAUUGAAAAGGACAAGAAAGAAGAGGCGAAAGGAUCUGGAGGAUGGGUGAAAAGUGGCAGUAGCGCUAGCUCAGAAAAUCGCCCGCUAUCUAAUGUGAAUCGGUGGACUAUGUCGUCAGGUCCUCCGCCAAAUGCGUCUCGUGAAAGAGAGAACGCUAUCAAGCCGUCGUCGCUCAACAGUGCUCAGAAUCCAACUCCUGCGCCAGUGAUCCGCGAAAAAGAACCGGAAGCACCUAAGCCCGGAAAAUAUGUGCCACCAUCAUUAAGGAACAGAAACUAA